CAGGGAGGGGAAAAGGACCGGGCAUCGUUCUCGAAGAUACGGAGAGGUACAGGCGACCCCACACGCACGCCCGAAGACACACGCCUGCAUCUGUGACUUUACUAUAGGUAUGCUUACACAUUCAAAUACAGCGCAUCGCAUCUUGAGUUGUAACUGAUAAGAAAUCAAGGCCAAACACAACAUGACUGUGACUCUGUGUGGCUGGAGAGGAUGGUUAGGUCGAUUCACACUGCUCCUCCUGCUCUGCCACUCGGUUACCUACGCGAGAAAGAGAAAAAUGAGGCUGGAGGCCGAAGACGAAGAAGAGGAGACGAACAUUCGCUUGCCGCCCACCCUGCGGCCCGUGCACUACACGGUGAGGCUGCAUCCCCUCCUGCACGGCAACCACACCAUCAUAGGCCGCCUGGAGGUCGAGUUGGAGGUCCUGAAGGCGACCUCCCGCGUGGUGUUUCAUCUCGUCGACAUCGAUGUUGUAGAAGAGAGCGUUCGGGUCACCCUCAUAAGCAAGCGUCGGACGCUGCCGGUGAAGCGACAGCGCUACGACCCCGAGUACCAGCAAUACACCGUCCACCUCCGUCGCCGCCUUCGCCAGGGGAAUAUAUACCUCCUCUCCCUGCACUUCCAAAGCAUGCUGGGGAAUGCCACCAAGGGUUUCUUCGUCACAACCUACAAGGAUAAGGAAGGAAACGAGAGAAAAGUGGCGGCCACGCAGUUCUGGCCAGCGGACGCGCGCCGGGCCUUCCCCUGCUUCGACGAGCCCGAAAUGAAGGCCACUUUCGACUUGUAUCUGGCGCGCGAAGCCAACAUGACCGCCAUCUCCAACAUGCCGCUCGUCAGGACCACGCCCAUCAGGCAGGGCUGGCAUGGCUGGGUGUGGGACCAGUUCGCGACCAGCUUCAACAUGUCCACCUACCUCGUCGCCUUCGUCAUCUCCGACUACCAACGGCGCGCCCUCGAUGGCGGGGAAAGGACGAAGAUAGAAGCCUGGACCCGUCGAGACGCCCUUGAGCAAACCGGCCUGGCGCUGACGGUGGCCAACUACAGUCUCCACUUCUUCGAGAACUACUUCAACCUGUCGUAUCCGCUGCGGAAGAUGGACUUGGUGGCCCUUCCUGAGACCUCCUUCAGCGCCAUGGAGAACUGGGGGCUCAUUACAUGCAGAGAGUCUCUGUUCCUGAUCGACCCCACCAACUCCUCGGCGAUCCAGCAGAGAAACCUGGCCCGCCUCAUAACCCACGAGAUGGCCCACCAGUGGUUCGGAAACCUCGUCACACCCAAGUGGUGGACGGACCUCUGGCUCAGCGAGGGGUUCGCGACGUACAUGGCCAAUGUAGCCAUCGAUCAGCUGGAGCCCGAGUGGGGUUUGCUGGACGGGUUCGUGGUGGACCAACAGCAGUACAUCAUGCACCACGACGGCCUCCGCUCCUCGCACCCCGUGAGCGACGCCAUCCCCAGCCCGGCCUUCAUCUAUGACGUGUUUGACGAAAUCCCGUACAAUAAAGGCGCGUCGAUCAUCCGCAUGAUGCAACAUUUCCUGACCGAGGAGACGUUCCAGAAGGGCCUCACCAGCUAUCUUUCUUCGCUGAGGUACGCCAACGCAAACCAAGACGACCUUUGGCACUUCAUGACGGAGGCGUACCUCGAGGACAACUCCCUCCCGUCGGACGUGACAGUGAAAACCAUAAUGGAUACUUGGACGCUGCAGGAGGGCUACCCGGUGGUCACUGUCACCGCUGACCACAAAGGCAGUGCGAAGCUAACUCAGAAACGGUUCCUGACCUUAGGCGACGAAAAGGAGGAGGACCUCUCGUACAAGUGGUGGAUCCCAAUCACCUUCACCAGUCAGAAGCGGCCGUUCUUCCGCCACACACGAGCUCAAACCUGGCUCAGCAGUCAGGCCGACCAUGUCAUAGUCACGGGCCUUCCGCCGCCACAGUUAUGGCACAUUUUCAACCUUCAGAUGACCGGGUACUACCGCGUGAACUACAACGACUACAACUGGAACUUGUUGGCCCUCCAGCUGCAAGAGGACCACGAAGUCAUCCACGUCACCAACAGAGCACAGAUCAUCGACGACGCCCUCACCCUCGCCAGAGCAGGUCUACUUUCCUACAAAACCGCCCUGAACACAACGAUGUACCUCAAAGCAGAAAAGAGCCACGUGGCUUGGCAGGCGGCCUUUAGGAACAUGCAGUUCAUCUGUGAUAUGUUUCGGUAUACGGCUUCUUACGGCGCUCUUAAGGAAUACUUCCUCUCCCUCUUGAAGCCUCUCUAUGAUACUCUGGGCUUCAAACACGACCCCGAGGCCGACCUGCAGACGCAGCUUCUUCGCCAGGAGGUGGUGACGUGGGCCUGUCUGCUUCAGGACAGCCGCUGCGUCAACGCCUCAGCCAUGCUCUUCCGCCGCUGGAUGGAAGGAAGGGACGGCUUCCGGAGGGGCGUGGCCUCUGACGUCGCCUUGCCCGUCUACUGCACCGCCCUGUCCAGGGGCAUCGAGAGGGAGUGGGAGUUCGCCUGGAGAAAGUUCCGGGUCGCAAAAUCACGUCCUCAACGAGAGGCUUUAGGAACCGCCCUGGGCUGCACGCCUCGAGGCUGGAUCCUUUCGAUGUACCUCGAGGAGGCCCUGGGCGGCGGCUCGGGCCUGCGGCGCCGGGACCUGCCGCUGGCGUUCAAGGCGGUGGCGCGGUCGGAGGUGGGCAGCUUCGUGGCCUGGCAGUUCCUCAGCGAGAACUGGCGCGAACUCAGACAACUAGACCUCGUGGACAUCUCCGUGCUGUCCGAGAUGGUGCUGAGUGCCGUUAAGUACUUCAACAAUGAUCACCAGCUCGACCAGGUGAAGCAGCUCCUGGAGGAGACGCCGAACGACCAGGCGCCCCUGAAGAAGGUCCUGCGGCAGGCGGCGGCGAUGGUCGAGAGGAACGUCUUAUGGAAGAGAAGCUUUUUCGAGGAGAUUGACGAGUGGCUGGACGAGCGAGGGUUUUCUUAUGCCUUUAAAGAAUUCUAAUUAGUUGUUUAUGUUUUUUUUUACUUGUUUUCCCACACGAUUUAUCUUGUAUUUAACACAUGAUCGUAUUUUUUUUAACUACAGUUUGUAAACGUUUAGCCUGUCAUCUUAAAGAUAAUUACUAACCAGCAAUGCUUUUGUACUUUUGUAAACAACCGUAUCUCUUCUCAAAGAGUGUCAAUAAAUGUAUGUAAACCAGUUUUCACAAA